UCUGUUGAUUUAAUUGAAAAGAAUUGUGUUUAUGGCAACACCAAAUAUGAAGUCAACAUCCAUGUCAAGGUGCCCACAAAUAGCCCAUUUCUGGUAUGUACAGAUUUGGCUCAUUCUUGAGAAGAAGUAAUGGACCCCAAGCAUUUGUGGGUUGGUCCAGAUGGAAAAAAAAUAGCAGGGCAAAGAUGUGUGAAUCUCGCAGAAACAGGAAAGCUGAUGGUGAUGGGUUUUAAGGAGCCUACGUCCAGAGGCUGCCCUUGCACCCUCUCUCACAAGAUCAUAGAAACUACAACACAAGAAGAGAGAGAAAUAUUUGAGGCGCAUGAAUUUAUGGUAUGCGCGUACAGGGAAGCUGACCGCGCGCACCGGGGGUUACACUUCUCUGAGGAACCAAAGAAAAUCUUAAAUAACAUCGUCUCUGACGUGACGUGUCACAUCGUGGAGCCUUCCUACCCGUGUCAUUCUAUCCAGAGACCGAGCCAAGGCCUCCUGCAGGAGCUGGUGGUUAGGUGUCAAGCCAAUCCUUUCACACCGGGAUGGGAAGAAGUUCAACACCAGGUUCCUUACGAUUGUGAAGAUGCAACAAACAUGAGAGUUUCAAGAGGUUGUGUGUCAGCCGCCCUCGUGUCUUCUCUGCACAAACCCUACAUGGGCAAUGGUUUCUCAGUUACUCAGAUUGACAGUUGUCAAUCAGGUUUUGGGAAAAGUGAUGUGACCCACAAGAACUGCAGUAGUUGCUGUGUGGUUUGCGAUCCCAGAACUCACAGCCCUGACAACGAAGUGACCCGCCAGAUUU